CGCAGGAUCAAGAGAAGGGAAGCCGAAGAGGAACUUCCUCUUGACCAUACGCUUCCCCGCACGUGUCCCCCGGACCUCGGUUGCGGAGUGUGCCUCAGCAUCUUUAUAAUUCAAGUAUGUGAUACUCGUCACAUCGCGGUCAAAUCUUCUGUUUUUCCUUUUCUAGUUGGAAGGGGUACCGCUUGUUAACUUCAGACCCAAGAGUUGACCGCGUAACUGUCUGAUCAAUUCAUACAGAAUGUCCACCACACUACCCCUCGCAGGAAUUCGCGUGGUCGAGCUUGCAGGCCUAGCUCCCGGUCCAUUUGCUGGACUAUUGCUUGCAGAUUACGGGGCGACCGUGCUGCGCAUCGAUCGGCCAAAUGCCGUGAGCAGCGAUCAGUUAACGCGUCGGAAAACCUCUAUCACCCUGGACCUACGAAACGCAGCAUCACACAGCGUCCUCCUUUCGGUGUUGGCCAAUGCCGAUGUCCUCAUCGACCCUUACCGCCCCGGCGUCUUAGAACGCCUGGGUCUUUCCCCAUCGGAGGUCCUCCUGAAGCUUAACCCUCGCUUGAUUGUGGCGCGCAUGACGGGAUUCCGACGAGACGGUAAAUACAAGGACAUGGCGGGUCACGAUAUCAACUACAUCGCGGUGUCGGGUGUCCUCUCCAUGCUGGGGCGAGCAGGUGAACCUCCUUAUGCCCCGGGUAAUAUCAUUGGCGACUUCGCGGGCGGAGGUGCCAUGUGUUUCAUGGGGAUAUUGCUGGCUCUGAUGUCGCGCACACGUACAGGGCGUGGCCAAGUCGUAGAGGCCAACAUGGUCGAUGGUUCCGCGUACCUAGCGGCGAUGCCGCGACUGAACCGACAAACACCGCUGUGGAGCGAGCCUCGCGGACAGAACACCCUAGACGGCGGCAGUCCGUUUUAUGACACGUAUGAGACCAAAGACAAGGGCAAGUAUUUCGCUGUUGGAGCGUUGGAGCCCCAAUUUUAUGCUGCGCUACUCAAGGGGCUCGGGUUCUGUUUGGAGGAACUUCCCUCACGCGACAAUAGAGAGAAUUGGCCGGCGCUCCGAGCGGCGUUUGCGAAGCGAUUCAAAGAGAAGACGCGAGCGGAGUGGGAAUCUAUUUUUGACGGCACUGAUGCUUGCGCGACACCAGUCUUGGAGCAGGAUGAGCUCGAGCAGGGGGGCUUUGAACAACGGCCUGCCGUUCAUCUCGUUGAUACGCCAGCACUGCCCAUUGCGGCCGACGAUGGGGGCUGGACGGGGGGUGGCCUGACCCCCGGGGAAGGUGGACAGGAGACGUUGGAGGCCUGGUUAGGAUGGAAAGAGGGUCGCGAAUAUGAUGUCAGAUCCGAUGGGGCCUUGAUGAAGACUGGAGAGGAGGGGAAGGCGAAGCUGUGAGGAUGAGAUGAUGAUACUAGUAAUACAAGGCGAACCAGAUAAUACGGUUGUAUGGGUUGAUCAACUUGAUUGUGUCCGCGGUUCGG